CGCCCUCGGAAGCAGUCCCCUUGACGCUGGGCGCAUGCGCGGGGCGGGCGCGCUGACCUUCAGCGGAGCUGUGCUGGAGGCGCCGCCAUGUUCGCGCGGGGCUGCGCCGUGGUGCUGUACCAGCCGCAAUGGGGCCAAGUCAGGAAUAUGGCAACGCUGAAAGACAUUACCAGGCGUUUGAAGUCCAUCAAGAACAUUCAGAAAAUUACAAAGUCCAUGAAGAUGGUUUCUGCAGCAAAGUACGCAAGAGCUGAGAGGGAGCUGAAGCCUGCUAGGAUAUACGGAACAGGAGCACUGGCUUUGUAUGAGAAAGCAGAAAUUAAGGCACCUGAGGACAAGAAGAAGCACCUCCUUAUUGGUGUGUCCUCUGAUCGGGGUCUGUGUGGUGCUAUCCAUACAUCUAUUGCUAAAACCUUGAAGAAUGAGAUUACCAACCUCUCCAAUGCAGGGAAGGAAGUUAUGGUGGUUGGUGUAGGCGACAAGAUUAGAGGCCUACUUCAAAGGACGCAUGGCAAUUACUUCCUGAUGACAUUCAAAGAAGUGGGGCGGAGACCUCCUAGCUUUGGAGAUGCUUCAAUCAUUGCUUCAGAGUUAUUAAACUCUGGGUAUGAAUUUGAUGAAGGCUCUGUCAUCUACAAUCGGUUCAGGUCUGUCAUCUCCUACAAGACUGAUGAAAAACCUAUCUACUCUCUUGAAACAGUUGCUGGUUCUGAAAGCCUAAGUAUCUAUGAUGACAUUGACGCUGAUGUGCUGAGAAACUACCAGGAGUUUACACUAGCAAAUAUUCUGUACUACUCCCUGAAAGAAUCUACCACCAGUGAGCAGAGUGCUAGGAUGACUGCUAUGGACAACGCAAGCAAAAAUGCUUCUGAGAUGAUCGACAAACUGACUUUGACAUUCAACCGUACCCGUCAGGCUGUUAUUACGAAGGAGCUUAUUGAGAUCAUCUCUGGUGCUGCUGCUCUGGAUUAAUCGGCAAAAGAGGUUUGGCCAAAUCCAAGAGGUGAAGAAUUCUGAGCAUAUGAUUUAACUUGCCUGUGUUCGUUAAUAAGACUGCUCUGCUAUUUUGUGAAGAAGAGGCAAAGCCCCAGAAAUAUCUGUACAUUCUUACAAUAAACUCCUUCAUGAAACACA